AUGAUGAUUCGUCACCUGCUGAGUGUCUUCAUCCUGCUGUCUGUCCUCUUGCUGCUGCUGCCUGCAGGUGCAGAGGAGGGCGGCAUUGACACAAGUGAAGGAGGAAGACAGAAGCGCAACAUCCCAAAUUGGGCCAUGACCUCUGACGACUUCUUCGGCUGGGUGGAGGAGCUGAGGAAACACGCCGGAUAUGAACAUAUCGAGGAUCUAGCUAGAACCUUCUGGGCUCAUUUUCCUUCUGCGGACCGACUUGGGUACGGAACCCACGAACCGGAGGAGUAG